CUCUGGGUUAGUGUGUCUCUGUUCAGUGUUGUCAUUUCCAACAUGUCCAUCAAACCCGGAGAACAGAGUUUCAUGUCUUCUGUUUCUGAGCGUUGAUCCGUCACGAUGAGCGGCCUCUGUAGAGAAGUCAUCACUCUGCAGCUCGGACACUAUUCCAACUUUGUGGGGACUCACUGGUGGAACUUACAGGAUGCAUCUCUGUCAUACGACCCCGAGACGCCACUGGGUGAGAUCCAGAACGAUGUCGUGUUUCGUGAGGGACAGACUCUGGGCGGACACGUCACCUACACACCUCGCCUCAUCGCCAUGGAUCUCAAAGGAAGUCUGCGGACUCUGCGUCAGGAGGGAAGUCUGUAUGACCCAGGCAAAGACACGUCAGCUGUCACAUGGGAGGGGAGCCUCAUGAUGCAUAAAGAAAGUCCUCCUGCUAAGAACUCCUUCCUGGAGGAUCUGGACAAACUGGAUAAGGGAGAGAUACUCGCUGAGGCUGAUUUCUCCUGCAGCUCUCAGCCUCAGCGCUCAGCAGCAGCUUCACUGAGUGUGGACACAGUGAACAGUCGGCUGGCUCAGGUCCAGAAGGGCUACAGGCUGGAGGGCAACGUGAAGGUGUGGUCCGACUUCCUCCGGAUCCACCUGCACCCCCGCACCAUCUCCGUCAUCCACCAGUACAACCACGACGGGGAGGCUCACCGGCUGGAGGCCUUCGGUCAGGGGGAGGCUCUGCUGCAGGGGGCGGUGCUGGAGGACCUGGAGGACAAACUGCACUUCUUUGUGGAGGAGUGUGAUUAUCUUCAGGGUUUCCAGGUGCUGUGUGACAUGGCUGAUGGCUUUGCAGGCCUGGGGUCAAAGGUCACAGAGAUGCUGCUGGACUCUUACAGCGGGAGAGGCAUCCUGACCUGGGGGUUAGCUCCUGUCAGUCACCCCAACUCAACUCCAGUGAAGGACUUUUAUCACCUGUUGAACUGCACCUUAGCGACUGCUCACCUGUCCAGUCACAGCUCUUUCUUCUGCCCGCUGACUCUGAGAGGUGGCCUGGGCAGACGGCCCCCCUCCCCCACAGCCUUCCCCCACCUCAACUACGAUCCCUCACUGUGGUACCACUCCAGCUCAGUCCUGGCUCUGGCUCUGGACGCCCUCACGCUGCCGUACAGGCUGAGGAACAACAGCGCCCCCAUGUGGCAGGUGGCCGACACUCUGGCCGUGUCGGGGAGGAAGGUGGUUGCUGCUUACGGCGCCGUCCCCUUUCCCAUGAUGCACGGCAGCUCGCUCCCUGACGCCCUCAGCGCCUGCACAGACGCUCUGCCCUGGAAACCUCUGUCGGCGUGCUCUGAGCCGGGCGACGGUCGAUGUUACGCCCAGUGGGCGACGCUCAAAGGCUUCGAGGGCCAGCGACUCAUCAGCGCUCUGACUCCAGGGACUAAACCUCCCUCUCCUCUGCACAGCCUCCACAGUGGGGAGGACGUCCUGGCGUCCUACAUCAGAUCUUUCUAUCCCACGUCUCCUCUCGCUCUGCGGCUGGUGUCGACUCCCAGUAAACUGACACCACCGUUCCCUCAGAUCUUCCCUCGCUCCCUCGAUGAUCAGGGUUUCCUUCAGAGCCAGCCCCCCGCACUCGGCUCGCCGGCCUCUGUGGUUUCCUCUGUACCCGUCCUGACGUCCCUCCAGUCGGGGCCUGUUCUCGGCUCGUGGCUCUCGGAGCUGCACCGUGGCGCAAGCACCUUUGACAUCCGCCGCGUGGCCCCCAGCUUCCUCUCCCAGGGGCCCGAAAUGGCCGACUACGAGGAAGCCCUGGAGCAGCUGCGCCUGUUGUCGCGGUGUUACAGAGAUGACAGUGGUGGCGUGAUGCGCUCUUCCUCUGAAGAGGAUGAUGAUGACUGACAUGGACAGUAGACUGAUAAUACAGACACAGCUGUGCCUCUGGUUACUGAAGGAGCAGGACUGAAUCACAUGGUGACACAUAUGGAAUGACAUCUAAAUCAAUAUUCAAUAAACACAUAAAUAAGCUCUGAAAUAAAUAAAUUAGGUAACAAAGGUCAAAAUAUAUACAUACAUGUAAAUAUAUAAAUGAGUAAAUAGCUAUAUAAAUCAAUAAAUAAAUUGCUUUUUGUUUUAAAAAUGUUUCAGUGCUGUUGCUUUGGUCUGAAUCUGUGAGAUAACCACGCCCCCUCAUUUGAAUAUAACAGAUGCAAAUAAAAAGCUGGGAAAUUAAUGUGGUAUUAAAAAAUAAAAGUCUCCAGAAAUAAGUAUGAAUGUCAUUUUUAAAAUACAAAGCAAUUUUAUGUAUUU